AAAAAACAUAAUAUUCUACAAAGUCAAGUGUCUGUCUGAUUAUUCAUUAACAUGUACAUUUGAAAUGUAAUAAAAUAGAGAAAAAACGACCAUAUUUCACAGAAUAACUAUUGGGAAUAUCAAUUUUAAAUAUUAAAUAUGUCGUUGGCUUUCCGCAAAGCGCCUCUUGAAUUAUUGUCUGCAUCAAAAUGGAUUUUUCGGAGAGAAGUACGUCUAUUAUCAACGCUUCCUGAAAAGGCUGAAGAUGUAGAUACGUCUGUGGAAACGAAGCGGCCUUCUGGCCGCAGACCCCGUACGAUAAAUCCAAUUCUUGAAUACAGACAUAUUUAUCCAGAGUUUUUGCCAGACCCUAAUCCAAAUUGGCGCAAUAGUCUUAGGGAAAAGUUAGAGCGAGCAGAUAUGUUAAAUCGAAGAAACCAAAUAGAUAUACCGGAAUUUUAUGUUGGUUCUAUCCUAGCUGUCACAAUAUCUGAUCCACAUGCUCAGGGUAAAACAAAUAGAUUUGUGGGUAUUUGUAUAGAGCGUAAAGGAUGUGGCCUAAGAGCUGAAUUCACUUUGAGAAAUGUUGUGGAUCAUCAAGGUGUUGAGGUGCGAUAUGAGUUAUAUGAUCCCACAAUUCAGUCUAUACUAGUGCUACGCCUUGAAAAACGGCUGGACGACAAGUUGUUUUAUCUUAGGGAUGCCCUGCCAGAGUACAGCACUUUUCCAUUUGAUAUGGAUCCUGAGAUAGUGCCAGAAGGAACCCCUGUUCCAGUGAAUACUGUGCAGGUUCAACUAAAACCAAGGCCUUGGUUGGAGAGAUGGGAAAGACAAGAGCUGAAGGGAGUUUCUAAUAUUGAAGAGCACUUGAAAGAAAAAGAUAGAGUAAGAAGAGAAUUAAGAAAAACGCCUUGGGAGAAAUAUGACCUUAUGAAACAAUACAGAAAAACAAUUCCUAUAGAGGAACAAAACGAGAUUUGGGGAGAAGUGUACAAUCAGCUUCAACAAAUGAAGGUUUCACGUAAGAAAGUCGCGCGGAAGCGUGUCACUACGGUUCCUAAACCACAACUUGGUUAAUUGUUAACAGUACAAUUAGUAGUUUUAGGUAAUUAUAAAUAAAGUAAUAAUGUAAUUGAAA